ACCACGACCACCACGUCGACGACGACGACCACCACGACCAUGACCAGCGGAUCAUGGUCCAUCCUCCUCCAAAGCAUUGGCAUCUCCGCCAUGCACAUGCAGCUACUCCCUAACGAUCGUGUAGUCAUGUUCGAUCGCACCGACUUUGGCACCUCGCAAAUCUCCCUUCCAAAUGGCAAAUGCCGCCACAAUUCAACUGACUGCUCAGCCCAUUCUGUUGAGUAUGAUGUUGCUUCCAAUUCCAUACGUCCACUAAUGGUGCUCACCGAUGUUUGGUGUUCCUCUGGAGCUUUAAUGCCCAACGGAAGAUUGACCCAGACUGGUGGCUGGGGUGAAGGCUUUCGUGUCGUUCGAACUUAUAGAUCAUGUGAUGCAUGCGAUUGGCGAGAGAUACCAAACGCGUUAAAUGAACAGAGAUGGUACGCGACCAAUCAUAUAUUGCCUGACGGUCGUCAAAUUAUCAUUGGCGGUCGUCAAGCAUUUAACUAUGAGUUCUACCCGAAGGCGUCAACCACCGAGAACUCUCACAGUUUACCCUUUCUGGUUCAAACGAACGAGCCUAACAUCGAAAAUAAUUUGUACCCAUUUGUUUUUCUCAAUCCUGAUGGAAAUUUGUUCAUUUUUGCAAACAAUCGAGCUAUUUUAUUCGACUACUCAAAGAAUCAGGUUGUCCGGAGUUACCCAACAAUGCCCGGUGGUCAACCAAGGAAUUACCCGAGCACCGGCUCUGCGGUACUACUGCCUUUGCGGAUACAACAAGGGACAGUAAAUACUGUUGAAGUACUGGUUUGUGGAGGUGCACCCAAAGGAGCAUUCGUUAAUGCAUUAAAUGGGAAAUUUGAUAGAGCCUUGGAUACUUGCGGUAGGAUCAAUAUAUCCGACCAAAAUCCCCAAUGGCUCAUGGAAACCAUGCCUUUAGCUAGAGUAGUAGGUGACUUGCUGUUGCUUCCAAACGGCCAUGUAUUGAACAUCAAUGGUGCGUCGGCAGGGUCUGCAGGAUGGGAGCUUGGGAGGAACCCGGUUCUGAACCCAGUACUUUACCGACCUGACCACCCUGUUGGGUCUAGAUUUCAGGUGCAGAACCCAAGCACCAAACCUCGAGUCUACCAUUCCACAGCGGUCUUGCUAAGAGAUGGUCGGGUUCUUGUAGGUGGAAGCAACCCUCAUGAUAAAUAUGUAUUCACAGAUGUACUUUACCCGACAGAAUUGAGCUUAGAGGCAUUUUCACCUUCUUAUCUUGAUCCACGCUUAUCUACGUUACGCCCCAACAUAAUCUCUCCCAAGACCAAAACCAAGAUGCACUACUCCAAAAAGAUGGUUAUCAGAUUUACGGUACCGGGCCCAGUGAACCCGAGUUUGGUGUCGGUGACAAUGGUAGCACCUUCGUUUAACACACACUCGUUCUCAAUGAAUCAAAGAUUAUUGGUCCUUCCCAGUAGCAAUUCCAGUAAGGUUGUUGGACAGUCUUACUAUACAGUCGAUGUGACCGCACCUCCUUCAGGUAACAUUGCUCCGGCCGGUAAUUAUCUUCUGUUUGUUGUUCAUAACGAAAUUCCGAGUCCAGGCAUUUGGGUCCGCGUUCGGUGAUAAG